CGGCUGCGCUUCACGGGUACGCGCUUUCCACAACAUCCAGCAAGGAGGAGGUGGCAAGGCACUCUAUCAAUUCUGAAGUUGGUUCGGUAUGAAGGAAUAUUCCCUAUUAAAACCAACCGGAAGAAAAUGAAAUGUUUAGAAAUGGCCACACCAUAAAUGACUACCGUCUCGUGGAGCUUCAAGUCUGAGAAACUUAAUUUCAUUCUCGCGUUUAUUUUUCCGUUCCUUGUGACGACAGAGGACUUGUAUUAGAUUGCGUGGUGGGCCGUAACUACGGGUUAUAAGUAUGUCUUUGAAGGGAGUUUUAUGAAAUCGCUACCGCUGAACUUCAAGAAGAUGCUGCUAGUCUGUUGAGAUCCAUUUAUUAAACCGGUUGUUACAUAGUCUAAGAAUGACCGUGUGUGUAUUGGGGCAGUAACGUUAACCAUCCCAAGACCACCCUUGUGAAUUUGGUUGAGAAUGAUCAAAUGUAGCCAACGUGUUAUGUGAACUGUUUAAUUUACAAUAAUAAUAAUGCGCGAUUGAUGUUUCAGCUCAUGAGUAAAUGCGGGUAUUGAAUUGUAGUUUAUUAUUAUUGGGUUUAUUUCAAGAAUCGUCUGUCUACUUGUCUAGCGGCUAAAUGGACACAGUGGCGCGAGCAAGCUGCCCUAUUACAGCCUGAUAGACACUUGGACGUUAUUGGGAAUUUUGGAUUAUUCUUCUUUCUUUGUGGGAAUUUCUGGAAAGGCCACUCAUACUAAACUCACAGAAGAUGUCGUCGUUCUUCAAUUUUCGUAAAAUCUUCAAGUUGGGGUCUGAUAAGAAGAAGAAACAGUAUGAGCACGUACACAGAGACGAGAACCCGGAGGACAUCUGGGAGAUUAUUGGGGAACUGGGAGAUGGGGCCUUUGGGAAAGUAUACAAGGCCCAGAACAAGCAGACUGGGACCCUAGCUGCUGCCAAGGUGAUCGAUACCAAGACAGAGGAGGAGUUGGAGGAUUACAUGGUGGAGAUAGACAUUCUGGCCUCCUGUGAUCACCGUUACAUAGUCAAACUGCUGGAUGCCUUCUAUUAUGAAAGCAAACUGUGGAUUCUGAUUGAGUUCUGUGCGGGAGGUGCUGUCGAUGCAGUCAUGUUGGAGCUUGAGAGGCCUCUGACAGAGCCCCAGAUCCGGGUGGUGUGUAGGCAGACGUUGGAGGCCCUGGCCUACCUUCAUGAGAUCAAGGUCAUCCACAGAGACCUGAAGGCUGGGAACAUCCUUUUCUCACAGGAGGGAGACAUCAAAUUGGCUGACUUUGGCGUGUCCGCUAAGAAUACCAUGACGCUGCAGAGAAGAGAUUCUUUCAUUGGCACUCCAUAUUGGAUGGCUCCAGAGGUGGUGAUGUGUGAGACAUCUAAGGACCGUCCAUACGACUACAAGGCUGACAUCUGGUCCCUGGGGGUCACCCUGAUUGAGCUGGCACAGAUAGAACCUCCUAACCACGAGAUGAACCCCAUGAGAGUCCUGCUGAGAAUAGCCAAGGCCGAUCCGCCCACACUCAUGCAGCCUUCACGCUGGUCACCAGAGUUCAAUGACUUUCUGAGGAAGGCACUGGAUAAGAAUGUGGACCGUAGGUGGUGCACAGCCCAGCUCUUGCAGCAUCCCUUUGUUAGCAGUGUAGUUGACAACAAACCGCUGAGAGAACUGAUUGCUGAGGCCAAUGCUGACGUCUUAGAGGAGAUAGAAGAAGGCAAAGAGGAAGAUGAAGAAGAAGAGACGGAUGCAACUCUGGUGGUGCCCGGACAUAAGCGAGCGCCAUCAGACACCAGCAUGGCCAGCUCUGAGGAUGAGAAGCUCUCUGAGAUCACCUCUACACUGGACUCAGUCACAGAGAAGACAGAGCCUGAGACUGCAGAGGACAAGGCCAGUGAUAAGCUGUCUGACGAGGGCCUUGGGACCAGCGUGGGCGACAGGGCAGAGGGUGAGAAACUGAACGAGGUGUCUGAUGCCAGUAAUGAGGACUUAGUCAAUGGACAUCUGAAGGCCAUGGAGCCCAAACCAGAGGAAAGCCCUGCUGGAAGGCCUGAGGAGAUUCCUGACCGUCAGAUCACCAUUGUGCCAGAAGCACCAUCAGACACACAGGAGAGUGUGAUUGUGAGUGAGGAGACAGGGGAAGAGGAGAAAGUAGAGGAUGGACCUCCACAAGUAUUCCUGAAGGAAAGAGUAGAAGUAGAGGAGAAGAAGACAGAGGAGGAGGUGAAGAAGGAACCAAUCAAAGAGGAGCCAGAGGUGAUUCUCCAGCCUCCCACCAAAUUCGCAGAUCCAGGGGACCAGCCUAGGAGUGCUUUAGAGGAGCCUGGCGCCGUAUCGACCGAGGUCAAUGCUAAACCAGAGGAGAUUGAGAAGGAGACGCUCAUUGAGGAGAUGACAGAGGAGGUUAAACCAGAGGCUGAUGGGGUCACAGACAUAAACACAGACACCGACUUGAAUGAAGACACAGACAACACAGAAUCGGACGUCAACACAGACGCAGAGGUAGACGCAGCUGAGGGCUCCACAGAGGUCUCUGUAGACACAGAAGCCCAAAGAGACAAUAAUGUAAUACCGGUGGUGAUUCUUGAGGAGGGGACCACAGACGAGAGGGAGGAGAAGCCACCAGAUGAGGAAGCUCCAUCCCAGGAUGCUGUUUCGGAGUCAAAGACCGACCAGGAAAGCACUCCUGUUAAGUCGGAGCCAGAUGUGGAGAAGGAUUCUGACUCGGGGAGCAGCUCUGCAGCAGAUAGCAACAGCAUGGACCUCAACCUAUCCAUCUCCAGUUUCCUGUCCAAAAAGGCUGAGGCGGGGUCUGUGUCCAUACAGGACACGAGACGGCAGAAGAAGACUCUGAAGAAGACCCGUAAGUUCAUGGUAGACGGAGUGGAGGUCAGUGUGACCACGUCAAAGAUAGUCACCGAUAACGACACCAAGAACGAGGAGAUGAGAUUCCUGAGGCGCCAGGAGCUGAGAGAGCUGCGUCUGCUGCAGAAGGAGGAGCAUAGAGCCCAGCAGGCACUCAGCGACAAGCUGCAGCAGCAGAGAGAACAGAUCUACCGCCGCUUCGAGCAGGAGAUGACUGGUAAGAAGCGUCAGUACGACCAGGAGGUGGAGAAUCUGGAGAAGAAACAGAAGCAGACCAUCGAGCGACUGGAGCAGGACCAUACCAACCGGCUGAGGGACGAGGCAAAACGCAUCAAGGCCGAGCAGGACAAGGAGCUCUCCAAGUUCCAGAACAUGCUCAAGAACCGCAAGAAGGAGGUGAAACAGGAAGUUGAACAGUCACCCAAAUUCAUGAGGAGAGCGCUCAUGAAACUCUUAAAGGAAGAUCUAUCUCUCAUUCAGACUCCAAAGGAGCAGGAGUUUCUGCAGAAGCAGCAGCAGGAGUUGGAUGGAGCCCUGAAGAAGAUCAUCCAACAGCACAAACAUGAGAUCGCCACCAUCGAGAGAGACUGCCUCAACCACAAGCAACAGCUUAUGAGAGCUCGAGAGGCAGCCAUGUGGGAGCUGGAAGAGCGCCACCUGCAGGAGAAGCACCAGCUGCUCAAGCAGCAGCUCAAAGACCAGUACUUCAUGCAGAGACACCAGCUGCUCAAGAGACACGAGAAGGAAAUGGAGCAGAUGCAGCGCUACAACCAGCGUCUGAUUGAGGAGAUGAAGAACAGACAGGCCCAGGAGAGAGGUCGUCUGCCGAAGAUCCAGCGGGGUGAUGCCAAGACACGCAUGGCCAUGUUCAAGAAGAGCCUCCGCAUAACCUCUGCACCUGGCACCCCGGAGCAGGAAAGGGAGAAGAUCAAACAGUUUGCAGCCCAGGAGGAGAAGAGGCAGAAGAACGAGAGACUCCAUCAACAUCAGAAACAUGAGAACCAGAUGAGAGACCUGCAGCUGCAGUGUGACUCCAACAUCAGAGAGCUGCAGCAGCUUCAGAAUGAGAAGUGCCAUCUCCUGAUUGAACACGAGACUCAGAAGCUGAAGGAGCUCGAUGAAGAGCACAGCCAGGAGCUGCAGGAGUGGAGGGAGAAACUACGGCCCAGGAAGAAGGCCUUGGAGGAGGAAUUCACACGCAAGCUACAGGAGCAGGAGGUCUUUUUCAAGAUGAGCGGGGAGUCGGAAUGCCUUAACCCCACGACCCAGAGCCGAGUGUCCAAGUUCUACGCCAUCCCUAGUGUGCACAACUCUGGUUUAUAGCCCUCCCCAGCACAGGAACAUACUGGCUGGGCUCAUAGACUGUGUCCCCGUGGUGGUGGGGAGGACCUCAGCCCUGUUGUUAUCUGGAAACUAGCGUUGGUCUGUUGUGGAUCAUAGGCUAGUGUGAUGUCUUCACACAAGCAUGGACAUACACUAAUGUUCAAAAGUUUGGGGUCACUUAGAAAUGUCCUUGUUUUUGAAAGAAAAUAUAUAAAAAAAUAUCCAUUAAAAUAACAUCAAAUUGAUCAGAAAUACAGUGUAGACAUUAAUGUUUUAAAUGACUGUUGUAGCUGGAAACUGCAGAUUUUUUGGGGAAUGGAAUAUCUACAUAGUCAUACAUUGCCCAUUAUCAGCAACCAUCAAUCACUCCUGUGUUCCAAUGGCACAUUGUAUUAGUUAAUCCAAGUAUAUCAUUUUAAAAGACGAAUUGAUAAUAAUGUUAGCACAGCUAAAAACUGUUGUACUGAUUAAAGAAUAAAUAAAACUGGCCUUCUUUAGACUAGUUGAGUAUCUUCAGCAUCAGCAUUUGUGGGUUCGAUUACAGGCUCAAAAUUGCCAGAAAUUAACAAUAAUUACAAAGGGGUUUUCUAAUGAUCAAUUAGCCUUUCAAAAUGAUAAACUUGGAUUAGCUAACACAAUGUGCCAUUGGAACACUGGAGUGAUGGUUGCUGAUAAUGGACCUCUGUACGACUAUGUAGAUACGUUUCCUGCUACAAUAGUAAUUUACAACAUUAACAAUGUCUACACUGUAUUUCUGAUCAAUUUGAUGUUAUUUUAAAGGACAGAAAAUGUGCUUUUCUUGAAAAAAACAUGGACAUUUCUAAGUGACCCCAAACUUUUGAACAGUAGUGUACAUAUGCAAGACCACACACUUAUGUCUACACACACACACACACACACACACAGCAGUGUCAGCUGUCAUAUAGAGGGAUGCAAUCACAAAACUUUCUUUUUCAAGCCUUUAUUUUCUCCUUCCCCCUUACAAUUUCACCCUUCUCAGCUCCAAGGAAAAUGUUGUCAAAAGUGACAAUUGCACUUUUCUGAGCAUGGUUAUGUUUUACCACUUUUAAAAUAGCUCAGGCAAAUUUCAAACCAAUUGCAAGUACCAAGUUUAUAAAGAACCCAGUGCCUAAAUGAAUUGACAUAAUGAUCGUGCUUUUCUCCAGACUUGCUCUCUUACCUGCAGCCCAGUGCUCCCCUGAGGCCUUUUGCACUAAAAUGGCUGGAAAUUUGUACAAACCAUGAAAUAUCAUCAAACCUUUAUUUUUUAGUGAUCCUUAUAAGCUGGUGGUUGAGUUCAUUCUAAGGUCGUUGAUUGAUGGAUAACAAAUAAAAGUAAUUUUUUGGUAAAUCGUGAAGUGCUCAUUCAUGUGAUGUACUAUGUAUGGAGUUGUGAUUUAUUUUAGAUACUGUGCUGUUGAAUCAAUCAAAUCAAACUGUCCUGUAUAUUAGAACAAAUGUUCCCACUUUCUCCCUAUUGUAAUCAGUAGAUAGUUUUUGUUAGACUUCUGGGUUGUCGUCAUGUCAGUCACCUUUCCUGUUAAAAAUCGACACAGCUUAUUGUCUUUUGGUUAUACUUUGAACACAUUAUUUUGGAUGUGGCAGACAUACAUAUUAUUACGCUGAAAGGAAUGUAAGCCGCUGAUCAUAAUUUUUCACUGUUUUAUGUGAACUGAGAAUAUGCAGUAAUGGACUGUUAUGUAUGUACAGUGAGCUCCAAAAGUAUUGGGACAGUGACACAUUUGUAUUUUUUUGCUCUGUACUCCAGCACUUUGGAUUUUAAAUGAUACUUUAACCUUAUAGUCAUUGUACUCUGUAUUUGAAAUGAUACAGAGCUAAAACAACAAAACGUGUGUCACUGUCCCAAUACUUUUGGAGCUCACUGUGUCUUACAGUCAGUAAAAAAACGAGGGUCCACUUGGAUUAGUUCUAUUUUCAAAUGACUUUUUGCCGCCUCUACCCAAAUCUAUUUUAUUUUCAAAUGAACUGAAUCAUUCAAAGCUGUGGCGCCUUGCAUUUUGUUCUGUAUUUAUACUUUUAUUUUCUAUUUGAAAUAUGUCCUUACUAUUUUACUGGGUUGGGGUCAAUUCUAAUUUAAUUUAAAAUUCCAAUAAAUUGUUUGAAUUCACUCAUGAAGUGGAGACUUUAAUUAAAUUCUCAUUUUUCUCAAAAGUCUUCAAGCUAUGGAAUUGAACUGGAAUUAGAUUGUUUGGACUUUUUGAAUUGGAAUUGUAAAACCAGUUAAUAAAGUGAAUGCACAUAGCAUCAAACAUUGACUGUAUGAUUUGAUUUGAAUCAUUUCAACUUGUAUUUCUAUAUUUCAGGUAUAGCUAGGCUGUCUGAACAGUGAUAUGGUCAGCCUCAAAGCCUGAGGGAACUGAAUUAGAAUUGGAAUUUGUUGAAUUGUUGCGAUAAUAUUGAGUUGAAUGGAAUUAUCUCUGAAAUUAAAGAUUGAUCCGGAACUUGAAUUUAAUUAAAUGGGAUUUACAGGGAGAGCGAUUUGAAUUGAAUUUCUGGAAUUGAUCUCAUCCCUGCUAUUUUAUGAUUACCAGUUUUCUAAAUAUGUAUACAUGUUGUAUCAAUGUACAUCUCAAUAUAGUCUUUGGACAUCUGUAAAUGGAAGUCAUUAUACUGUCCUAAUUAGUUGAUUCAAAUAAGAAUGUAUGUACUGUAUGUAUUUAGAAUAUGGACAAAGUACUGCUGACCCCUUCAAGUGAGUCCCCUUGACAUGAUGGCAAGCGCUCUAUAACAAACAUAUUCUUAUAGCAUGUCAUGGUUUGUGUAUGACAUCCUAAUAAAACAUAGAUGGCAUGCAAAGGUUGAAUGCUGUUAUUUUAUUUCAAUGACAUCACGUCUUGAAUUCUGGAUUUGUAUUGGGAUUGUGGGUAAUAUUACCCAUAAUGCACAUUAGGUUCAGGCCAUAGCGCUAGAUGGGGGUUUCAUCUUUGUAUCUGGACCAUUAUAGCAUCUGUGACAGCAUGGGCAGUGCCAUUGAGGCAAUCUCCAUUUUGAAGUAGUCAAUUUUCUUCUUGACCCGGGUUAGACAUGACUCGAACAAGGCCACCAAGAGGGUUCAGCCACCCAGUUGACUACAUUAAAAUGGUGGAAGCCCUCAAUGGCGCUGCACAUGCUAAUACAGCAUUUUGACCACUAGAGGACUCUGUAAUUCUAUAUGGUUCAGGCAUUAUCAUAUUUCUAUUUUCUUUGUUUCACAAGCAGUUACUUUUUCAAAUAGCUACAGGCACAAAACUAUUGCAAGUAAUUGGAUAUUGAAAAUCAACAGGGGUUGAUUUAAUAUAUAGCACGUCAUGAGCCUAUUGUUGUUGCAUUUAGAUAUAAUGUGGGACAUCUUAUCAUCCUGAAUAAACAUAUGCAUUUUUGAGGUCAGGUAAAGUGUAUAUAAGAUGUUUGUUAAUGGACAUUUGUGCUGUAAAUAAAAGAAUAAUUAUGUUAAA